UCUAGAUCAUGAAAGCACAAUUCGCACUGACUUUGCAUGAGGGCGUCGUGCCCUGGCGGGAAGCCUUAUGCAAGCGCGUACAUGUCCGUUGCCAUUCGGGCUUGGCAGCUUGUGCCGCUAAGAUGCAUGAGAUGCACGGCACCGGACAGGCUGACCAUGUCAAGGUUUGAAUGGCUCACAUGCUGCAAGUGCGAGGAGGCCAGUGAAAGUGGUCAGAGAGAGGAGAGCUUGAAAGCGCUGGUGCAGGACGGGGAAGAAGCCCUGGAAUGGCAGAUUGUGCAAAGAGGAGUUGGCGAGGAAGAGUUCCGCGCCCUCCUGCAGCUGAGAGGGCAUGUACGUGACUGUGAUUCACACCCGGCCUGUGCGCAUCACAAGCUCUCGCGACAGCCACAAACAUUGCUGCGUUUCUUGCGCGCACGCAGCGGAGACUUGCGAAAAGCCGAAGCUAUGUUUCGAUCCAUGCUGGAAUGGCGGCUGUCCUUCGGCGUCGACGAGAAGGUGCGGAAAUGGAGAAAAGAACUGGGGCAGCAGCGUAGUCACCGAAGCAUUCAGAUGAAGCACUUUGAGACAGACAUCGACUUGUGCCCUGACCGACAUGGAGUGCCAAUCAGGUUGAUUCGCACCAGUGCGGCAGAUGUUCAAGGUUUGGUACGCGAGUUUGGCAAAGAUAUUGUUUUGACAAAUACUCUGCUGCGGAUGGAGCUGGCACAUGAACAAAUUCGACGUGCCAUGUUCGAACGGGAGGAUCUGGUUUGUGGGCAGCUGCAAAUCAUUGACAUGGGAGACUAUGGACGCCAUGGCGUCCCCAACUUGACCAGCCGACUGUGGUCAAGUCUUAAACUGGGUGCCGAAUUCUCCCAGAUUACAGACUCGAAUUACCCGGAAACUGUGCGAAAAGCGUUCAUCAUUCGCCUGGGCUCUUGCACCAGCACUACAUGGCGAUAUUUUAUUCAGCCUCUCUUGCCGGAUCGCACGCAAGCAAAACUGGUGCCUUGUGGGCCGCAGGCUGCCUCUUGGGCCUCCCUCUCCGCUGAGCUGCCGCCAGACCGCUGGGAGCGUUUGCCGGCCUUCCUCAGAGAGGACAGCGAGGCAGCGCUGGCUGCGGCAGAGCCCCGUGGCGGUUUGGUGCCACCGGGCCUGGCAGGAGCCAACCAAGGACAAUGGGAGUUGGAGCCUUGCAAGAAGCGACGGCCUUCCCAUUCCCGACUCAGCCUGAAUCUGGACUCCAAGCCCUUUGGCAACACGUGCGCUCGGAUGCAGGUGUUAAUUUUUGGCGCCGUUGCUCUAGCUGCAGGGGCUUUGGCAGUUGAACCUGUUGGUUUGCUGUGACAUCAGCUUUCAGCCGUUGCUGCUCACUGCAGCCUAUGGCCUAGUUUCUUUGCAUGCUCAGGGCGGUUAUACUGCCAGCGUUCCCCGGGUCCCCUCCUCCAGGGGUAAUUCAGCCAAUGCAAGUUUUGUGUACGCCAAUGAGCUCUACAAGGUUGUCAAGUGCAACCCCUGUAAUUCAGGAGCCUAGUUUUCAGGGCACCUUGCAAUUACGCUGCGCCUGUGGGGAGAGAGCCUGCAUUGGGCCGAAGCAGCCCAGAUUUUCGCCAGCUUUUGCCACUUUGAUCUGUGACCGGGACACGGAUGACUAAGUUGGCGGCAUGAUGCAAGGACAACGGCAAGGGAGACUUGCCAAAAGGAGCCUCUACCUCGGACAGUUUUGUUUGGACAAUGCUCCAUGCGCCACGCGAAUGUCCAACCGCCUGUGCCUGAGCGCAGAC